AUGCCGACGGAGCUGGAGGAGGUCACAUGCGAGAACCUCGUCGGCUACUCUGCCUCCCAGCCCGCGCUCUUCAAGAGACACCAACUGCUCCCCGUCAGAGACCUCAAGCUGCUGGUCAAGGACUACCCACCGAUUGCCAAAGAUGCGCUGACCAUCCUGAUCAACCUGUCGGCGGACGACGAAGUGCUCAAGGAGCUGGCGGAGGACGAUGCCUUUCUCGAGACCCUCCUGAAGAAAGUCACCAACCCAAAGGAAAAGGCAGCAACUGAGAUAACGAUGCUGCUCGCCAACCUGGCCAAGUCAGACAGCAUCAAGCGUAUCGUCAGCCUGGAGAGAGCAGUGCCGGAGGGGGUGUCGACCUCCAAGAAGGCUAUGGACCAGCUUAUGGACUGCUUCAUCAAGGGAGGAGACAAGGACAAGGACCAGGACAAGGCAUAUGACUAUCUCUCCUACUUAUUUGCCGACAUCUCUAAGUUCGAAGAAGGACGAGCCUACUUCGUCACCGAGCAAGCCUACGACGCGGUCAACCUGCUGCCUUAUAUCCUCCUCCCGCUCGCCGGGCCAGAAGAGUUCACCGACGAGGAAAGCUCAGAUAUGCUGCCGGACCUGCAACUGCUUCCGCCCGACAAACAGCGUGAUCCGGACCCGGACAUCCUCACUGCGCAUCUCGAGACGCUUCUCUUAUUGACCUCAACCAGGGACGGUAGAGACAUGCUUCGGAGGGUCCAGGUAUAUCCUCUAAUCAGGGAGUGCCAUCUGCAUACCAACAACGAGGCUGUACAGGAGGCCUGCGACCGACUGGUGCAAGUCAUUAUGCGAGACGAGGAGGGUGAAGGGGAGGCUACAGAGGCCGCCAUCGAGAAAGCCAGACUCGAGAUCGAGGCGAAGAAGGCCGACGAUGCGGAUGAAGAGAAGGUCGUAGAUGUCUUUUGA